GCAGCAGUCUUUCCACAACAAUGGCACAAGGAGGAUUAAAGAAAUCAGGUGCAAGCAAACCAUCGUUAGCAACCAAAAAGGCCCAAAAGCCAUCUCUGGGUCCGAAAAAGAGGGAAGGAAAAUACAUUGCACCAAAAUCAAAAGCCCUUAUAACGCAGAAAAAUCUUCAAAAGAAACUCGCUGCAAAGGCCAUUGUGCAAACUGAGCAACUCAUGGCCGCUCGGGCUGGGGCAACUGGCAAAUUGACCAUCAUGAAGAGUGUAGCGCAAAAGGCAAAGGCGGAACAGGACAAGGCGAAAAAGGGCAAAAAGUGAAAAGAAUUGGAGUGCGCACUGGGAGGAUUGGGAGUGGGAGGAAGGCGAUGGAAAUUCUUUAUUUUUUUUCAUAUAUGUAUGUGUAGAUUAUCUGUUGGCUUGCUUUAUUAUUCCUGUACAUGUUUGAAAGAAUGCCAUACUACUAGACUGUUCCAGUCCCUGGUUGUGAAUCCUG